CGGGCGCUCGCUCACGCGACUGCGGCUCGGACAGCGAGACUGUGGGCGCUCGCUCCCGCGAUCCAGCCCCGCUCCCGCUCCCGCUCCCGCCUCCCCAUCCCAGCGCCCACUGAGGAUGGCGGGCUGUGGACUAAACGAAGACCUCUUCUUCUCCUCCUCCUCCUCCUCCUCCUCGUUUCUCUUCAGCUACAUCAAAGAGAGCCCAUUCACUCAGCAGUGUGCUGCCUUAGUAGGUGAAGAUCAGCCUCUGUGUUCAGAUCUCCCUGAACUUGACCUUUCUGAGCUCGAUGUGAAUGACUUGGACACAGAAAAUUUUCUAGGUGGGCUCAAGUGGUACAGUGACCAAUCGGAAAUUAUUUCCAAUCAGUAUGGCUCUGACUCAUCUGAUCUCUUUGAGAAAUCUGCUGAAUGCACGUUACAUCUGAAGUGA